AUGCGUUUGGUCGAUUCACACUGUCAUCCUACCGAGGAGGGUCGUUGCUACGAUGAAAGGGAACGAGAGGCGUGGAUUCAGCGUGCACAGGACGUGCCGCUGGCGCACAUCGCUGUCAUGUCCACAGACACCGAGGACCAAGCGCUGGUCGCUCGUAUCGCUGACAGAUACCCCGACAAAGUCGUGCCGUGCUUUGGCUUUCAUCCAUGGACUGUCCAUACCAUCUCGCUUCAUGAUCCUCCACCGUCGGCGUAUGAGCACUACACGGAGCUCUUUGGCGAUGCCGUGCCGGAGAAGGAGACCCUCUAUGCGGCAUGGCCCACGCCCAUCUCGCUGGCGGCCGCACUCCGUCAACUGGAAGCCUACCUGUCGAAAUACCCCCAUGCUCUGGUCGGCGAAGUGGGCGUGGACCGCAGUUUCCGUUUGCCAUGGCCCCAUACGCAUCCACGUCAACUGACGAAGCUUCAAACGCCGUUGGCACACCAAAUGGUUAUACUGGAAGCGCAGGUCGCCGUAGCAUGUCGCCUACGUCGCAGUGUGAGUAUGCAUAGCGUGCGGUCCGUGGGGCCUACGUUGGAGUUCCUGGAACGAGCAAGAACAUGGCCUUCUUUUGCUACGACACCCCUCGUGUUGCAUAGCUGCACAAUGAGUGCACAAAGCAUUCAGCAGGUCCAGCGAACGCAUCCCAAUGUGUACAUCUCUUUUUCUACGGCUGUCAAUGGACGACAGAGGCAUUGGAAAGAGCAGAUUCAGGCGUGUGAUGUAUCGCGCUUGUUGUGCGAGUCGGAUCGUAGCGAAUGGUCCGUGCUAGCGGACGAGACGCGCGCGGUGGUCGAGACCAUGCAAUCGGCCCUGCAGAUGCCCUCACUCGAGGCGCUGGCUGAUCAGCUGACCAACAACUUUUUGGCAUUUGCCUGCAUGAAUUCGUCUAGCGAUCUCACUACUUGA